CACAUACUUUAUCACACUCUGCCACCGAAUAAAGAUUCCUUUUAGAAUUUUUUAUCGCAGUUCCUUUUAUAUAUUAUGGAAGAGGCAAAGCUCUGUGUGAGCCUCAACCAUGGAUGACAACAACUUCCCAAAUGCAAAAGAUGUCUAUGGCACAGUCGCCAAAACUUACGCACAGUUCAGGCCCCGCUAUCCCUCUCAGCUUUUCUCCUUUCUUUCUUCCCUCACUCCACAACAUGAGCUGGCCUGGGAUGUGGGCACAGGCACUGGCCAAGCCGCCAUUGAGUUAUCAAAGCACUAUGCGAGAGUGGUGGGCACAGACACCAGUGAGGGGCAGAUUCAACACGCAGAGCGCCGCCACAAUAUAACAUACGCUGUGACGGCGCCGUCAUUGAGCGAGCAAGAACUGCUCUCCAUAGUCGGCCCUGAAUCUUCCGUGGAUCUGGUCACCGUCGCCACAGCCGUCCACUGGUUCGAUUUGGAUAAAUUUUACGCGCAGGUGAAACACGUGUUGAAGAAGCCCGGCGGCGUGAUUGCGGUGUGGGCGUAUUGGAAGCCGAUGGUGGAUCCAGCUGUUGACGCCGUUCGUGAACGGUUUUAUCGCAGAACAAACCCGCUUUUCCAUCCGGCUGUGAAAAUGGUGCUGGAUGACUAUGAAACUUUGCCGUUUCCAUUCGCACCAGUGGAGACAAUAAAAGUGGAGAUCGAAGAAGAUAGGACGUUUGAUGAGUAUAUGGGGUUUUUCACAACGGGGUCUGCAAUGGUGGGAAAGGAAGAAAUCUUGGAGGAGUAUAGGGCGGAAUUUGAGGCGGCGUGGGGAGCCGAGCUCCAUGUGACCAAGACUGUAAAGUUUCCGCUCUGCUUAAAGGUUGGGACGGUUUGAAACAGAGCAGAGAUUCUGUUGGUAACAUGCAAGCUUUGCUUUAGUUUUAAUAUGGUUUAAUGUGUUUUAUUGCAUGGUAAUCAUAUGGUUUGGUGAGUCUUAAAUCACUAAAUCAUACAUUAGGUUUAAGGAAUGUGAGUCAAUUCUGAGUGUUUUAACAUUUUUAAGUUUAGAAGUUAAAAGCUGAGUGUGUGAUUUAAGCUGUUAAUUUGGAGAUAUCUAUUUGAGUACUAUUAGGCUUUACAUGUUACUACAGACAUACAUGUCUGUCAAUCAAGUUUUUUCCAGAAAUAAUAAUAAAAGGCCCUACAAGUUGGUUUUAAAUUUA